AAUACCAGCCACAGAGGAAGUGCGCUGGAAUUCCAUGCGGUCCACUGCGGACGGGAUAAGAAAAAGGCGAUGGCCGGGAGAGCACCGCCUUUUCUUUCUGACCCUAGUCAACAUCCUGACCAUGUCACGGGCCUUUUAUUUCGCCCGGCCGCAGUCUUGGUGCCCAUCGAGUACCGGGCCCGCAUCCAAUAUCCAAAGAGCACCUUUCUUUCUCGAGCUUCGACCCAGCUCGGCGUGGUGUGAUCCCUUUCUUCCAUUCGCCCGCGGAGGACCUUCUCGAGCUGGCACAGUGGAGGCCCCUCCCUCUCCCCCUCCCCAGCCCUCCCGCCGCCCGCCUCGGCGUACCUUCGAAGCAUGGACAUGGAGAGGUCACCGAAUAAACUACCGAGUGGAGGGCGAUGCGGAGGUUUUGGCGCGUCCGUCGGCCAUUUCCGGAACCAAUUCAGAGACCUGCCGCCGUUGGGGUACCGGGUGUUUGCCGUGGACCUCCUAGGCUUCGGCGGGAGCGAUAAAGUCAAGGCAGGGGUCGACUACGAACUGGAGCUGUGGCGAGACCUCUUGGUGGACUUCAUGCAGGAAAUGGAAGCGCGCGGCACAGCCUCCACCACGCACGGAUGGACCGUGGGCGGGAACAGCAUUGGCGGGCUCUUGACCCUGAUGGUGGCGGUGGCCCGAGGAGCGGAGACAGUGAAGGGCUGGGGGCUGACGAGUUUCCGGGAGGAGGAAUUGCCCUGGAUCCUGCGCCCGCUGUGGAUUUUUGUCCGCGUCGUUUUGUUUGGGGACAUUUUUGGCCCGGGACUCUUCCAGCGGUUUCGGACGGAGGAGAACGUCCGCUCGGUCUUGGCUCAGGUGUACGGGAACGAAACUGCGGUCGACGACGAACUGGUGGAUGUGCUGCUCACGCCCGGGCUGGACGAUGGGGCGGAGGAAGUUUUCCUCAAGGUCCUUCGGGCGCCCGCAGGACCUUCCCCAGAAGAAUUGCUUCCACAGAUCCAGGUGCCCGUCAUUGGGAUUUGGGGGGUAAGUAAAUGCUCGACG